ACUAGAGGAAAUUGAGAAAGUGUUAGCUAAUUGAUUUAAAGCAUGGCAAACAGUCAAUUACCAAUUAGUAUUGGCUCAGACAAAGAGGGGAAUUUUACAUAUGCAAUGCAAUUAUUGUCAUCAUCAGUACUUCCCUUUGUGUUGCAUUCAACAAUUGAAUUGAAUGUAUUUGAGAUCUUAGCCAAAGCUAAUGAUACUCAACUUUCUUCUUCUCAAAUUGUUUCUAAAAUGGCUUGCAACAACCCUAUUGCUGCAGCCAAUAUGUUAGACAGAAUGCUUUAUGUGUUGGCUACUUAUUCUUUGCUCACUUGCUCCAUUAAUAAUAAUAAUGUUAGACUCUAUGGUCUGUCAUCAGUGGGCAAGAUGUUUGUUAGUGAUAAUGAAGAUGGUGCAUCUUUGAGGCCUCUCUUGGCUUUGCUUCAACAUAAAGUAGUCAUUAACAAUUGGUUUGGAUUAAAAGAUGCAAUUCUUAAAGGAGGAGUUCCAUUUGAAAGGAUGCAUGGUGUAAAUACAUUUGAAUAUUUUGAAAUGGAUCAAAUGUUUAGUGGUGUUUUUAACAAGUCAAUGUUUAAUCAUACAACUCUGAUGAUGAAAAAUAUACUAGACAAAUACAAGGGCUUUGAGAACAUCAAGACUUUGGUUGAUGUGGGAGGUGGUCUUGGAUCCAACCUAAAGAUGAUUACAACUAAAUACCCAAUUAUUAAGGGUACUAAUUUUGAUGUGCCUCAUGUUGUCCAACAUGCCCCUACCUAUAACGGGGUGGAACACGUCAGGGCAGAUAUGUUUGAAAGUGUUCCAGAAGGAGAUGCUAUUUUUAUGAAGUGGAUUCUUCAUGACUGGAGUGAUAGUCAGUGCGUGAAGUUACUGAAGAACUGCUAUAAGGCUACACCCACAAAAAAAAAUGGAAAAGUGAUAGUAGUUUUGAGCACUCGCAAUUGA